UUGUUUGGGAAGGCGGCCGGCGCGCCCGUUUUGAAGCUGCCGGGAGCGGCGCGGGCCUAGCGGCGCUGCUGCAAAUCAUUCGCCGGGCCCGGGCGUCCGCGCAGCCCCCGAGACGCCGGCGCCGCCCCCAGCCGGGCCUCCGGCGGGCGGGACCCUGCCCGCCCCCGCGCCCCCUCGCCCCCUCGCCCCCUCGUCGGGCGGGGCCGGGCCGCCGCCUGCUCCCGGGACCUCGGGCUCCGGGCCCGCGAACCCCGCCUCCCCGGAACCCGGGCUCCGGACCGCCACCCCAGCCUUCCCGGGACCCCGGGACCCGGGCUCCAGGCCCGCCACCCCGCCUCCUAGGGACCCUUGGCCCGGGCUCCAGGCCCGCCACCCCGCCUCCUAGGGACCCUUGGCCCGGGCUCCAGGCCCGCCACCCCAGCCUUCCCCGGGACUCCGGGCUCCGGGCCGCGACCCCGCCUCCCCAGGACCCGGGCUCCAGGCCCGCCACCCCAGCCUUCCCGGGACCCAGGCUCUAGACCCCCCACCCAGCCUUCCCCAGGACCCGGGCUCCAGGCCCGCGACCCCGCCUCCUAGGGACCCUGGGCCCGUGACCCCCGACCCCUGGGCCCGGGGCCCGCGACCCCGCCUCCUAGGGACCCUGGGCCCGUGACCCCCGACCCCUGGGCCCGGGGCCCGCGACCGCCGCCUGCAGCCACCAUCUGCUCCGCCGACGUGCGUUCAGGCCUGGCUUGGGUUCCUGGCGCCAGGCAGGCGUGCAGGAGGAAGGGGCUCUUCGGGAAGGAGGGUCCCCGUCUCGGAGAUGCCGCCCGGCAAAGUCCUGCAGCCCGUCCUCAAGAUGAAGGUGGACGAGCUGUUCCUGUGCUGGCUCAGCGAGUCCAGCACGCAGACGAUGCUCCAGGACUGUCUGCAGAGGAUCAAGAUGCCCGGGAGGACGGAGACGGGCGGUGGGGCCGCGGGGCCGCCCGGGCCCCCGCUGGCAGCCGCAGCCCCCGCCUGCAAGCCCGCUGUGUUCGAUAGCCUGGGGGCGCCCAGCCCGGCCCCCGCGGCCGCCGCGCUCCCGCUGGGAGCCGCCACUAGUCCCAGGACCGGGCCACCCGUGCGAGGGACUCGCAGAUCCGCAGGGGCGCGAGCAGUUCAGGCGAAGAAGGAGGAGCCCCUGCCGCCCGCCACCAGCCAGAGCAUUCCAACGUUCUACUUCCCUCGAGGCCGUCCAAAGGACACGGUGAACAUCGACGCCGUCAUCACCAAGAUCGAGCGGACUUUCGCACAGUUCCCGCACGAGAGAGCCAGGAUGGAGGACAUGGGCCGAGUGGCCAAGGCCUGUGGCUGCCCGCUGUACUGGAAGGGGCCGCUGUUCUGCAGUGCAGGGGGAGAGCGCACGGGAUCCAUCUCUGUCCACAAGUUCGUCGCCAUGUGGAGAAAGAUCCUCCAGAACUGUCACGAUGAGGCUGCCAAGUUCGUCCACCUGCUCAUGAAUCCUGGCUGUAAUUACUUGGUGCAAGACGACUUCAUCCCCUUCUUACAGGACGUGGUGAACACGCACCCGGGCUUAGCCUUCCUGAAGGAGGCGUCAGAGUUCCACUCUCGCUACAUCACCACCGUCAUACAGAGGAUCUUCUACACCGUCAACAGGUCCUGGUCAGGGAGGAUCACGUGUGCAGAGCUCCGCAGGAGCACCUUCCUGCAGAAUGUGGCGCUCUUGGAAGAGGAAGCAGACAUCAAUCAGCUGACAGAGUACUUCUCCUAUGAGCACUUCUAUGUCAUUUACUGCAAGUUCUGGGAGCUGGACACGGACCAUGACCUUCUCAUCGAUUCCCAGGACCUGGCCCGGCACAACGACCACGCUAUAUCCACCAAGAUGAUCGAGAGGAUAUUCUCAGGGGCGGUGACGAGGGGCAGGAAAGUCCAGAAGGAAGGAAAGAUAAGCUACGCUGACUUUGUCUGGUUUUUGAUUUCUGAAGAGGACAAGAAAACUCCAACCAGCAUCGAGUAUUGGUUCCGCUGCAUGGACCUGGAUGGGGACGGCGCGCUGUCCAUGUUCGAGCUGGAGUACUUCUAUGAGGAGCAGUGCCGCAGGCUGGACAGCAUGGCCAUCGAGGCCCUGCCCUUCGAGGACUGCCUCUGCCAGAUGCUGGACCUGGUGAAGCCGCAGAACGAAGGGAGAAUCACGCUCCAUGACCUGAAGAAGUGCAAACUCGCCAAUGUGUUCUUUGAUACCUUCUUCAACAUCGAGAAAUACCUCGACCACGAGCAGAAGGAACAGGCCUCCCUGCUCAGGGAGAGUGAGAGCGAAGGCCCCGAGCUCUCCGACUGGGAGAAGUACGCCGCCGAGGAGUACGACAUCCUGGUGGCCGAGGAGGCUGCGGGAGAGCCCUGGGAGGACGGGUACGAAGCCGAGCUCAGCCCUGUGGACCAGAAGCUGAGCUCCCUGAGGUCUCCGCUGGCCCAGAGGCCCUUCUUUGAGGCGCCGUCCGGCCUGGGCACCGUCGAGCUGUACGAGUAUGCGUGUGAGGACGAGGACCUGCAGCCCUCGUGACCCGCGCCCCGUCUGGAUGCAGAGCCGCCGUCGUGUAAAGAACAAAGCUGUUUGAUCGUUGAGCUGUCUGUUCUAGAAAAUGAAGCGGUUUGUAUGGGGUGAUAAAUUCUUAUUUAUUCAGCACGGAAGCUGGUCAGGUGGUCACUGAGCGUGUGUCCCCGCCUGCCCGGGACCCCCGGCUGGGGGAGGAGACACGCCGGCCCCACCGUCGAGCUCUUGAGUGCAGGCGUCUGGAGACACCCACACGGCCGACGGCCGCUCGCAGGGGAGCCACGUUCUGCUCCAGAGCAUCGGCCUCGGGCGUGAGCCGCGCACAGACUUCCGGGGCUUGGAUGGCCCGGUGCUGUUCUCACGUCGUCGGUCUGGAACAUUCCAGGGGCCCCGGCGCCACGGUGGCCCAGGACCUUCCGUCCACAGGAGCGUCUCCAGGGGCCGCCCCGGCUGCAGCGCUGCACGCGGGGUUUGGGAGGGAGCACCCCCUCGAGCGUACGUACGUUUUCAUGUAAAUGUACAGAAGGUGUAAAGUUAACUUUUACUUGGUGCGUACAGCAGUUUAAAAAUGUUUUACGAGAUCACGUUUGUAUUUUCAAAUAAAGAGUUUACGGAUUUUC